AUGACGUCACUUUCCGAUGGGGUUUCUUUCAUCUCGGUCCUCUCCGUUCUGAUCUCAAUUCUCUCCGGCGGCGCCUCGGCGGACACCGAAUUCGACCUGGGCACGCUCGGCGUCUCCAGCCUGAAGCUACUCGGCGCCGCCAGCGUGGCCAACGGAAGCUGCGUGGAGGUCACGCGCCCUGCCGUCGUCCCUGACUCCGCCGUCGGGCGCGUCCUCUACGCCGACCCCAUCGAGCUCCUGCAUCCGGGAAUCCUCCUCCCGGCGGACUUCUCCACCUUCUUCACUUUCUCCAUCUCCAGCCCGAACCCCUCCUCCUCCGCCGGCGGCGGCCUGGCCUUCGUCAUCUCGCCGGACGCCGACUACGUCGGCGCCGCAGGUGGAUUCCUCGGCGUCACCGACGCCGCCUCCGGCCCCCGCGGCGGCGUCGUCGCCGUGGAGUUCGACACUCUGAUGGACGUGGCCUUCGAGGACAUCAACGGCAACCACGUGGGCCUUGACCUGGGCUCGAUGGUCUCAGCCCAGGCCCGCGAUCUUGGGGACGCCGGCAUCGAGCUCAAGAGCGGCGACUCGGUCAACUCGUGGAUCGAGUACACCGGGUCAACCGGGUCACUCCGCGUCUUCAUCUCCUAUUCCAAUCAGAAGCCCGAAAGCCCGAUUCUAUCCGCCGUCGUGAACCUCGCCGACCACCUAACCAACGACUCCGCCUACGUGGGCUUCUCCGCGUCGACCCAAGGCAGCACGGAGGGCCACACGAUCCAAUGGUGGAGCUUCAAAUCGUCGUUGAGCCCGAACCCGGCCCACUCGAACCCAGCCGGCCUGAACACGCCUUCCCCUGCGCCACAAGCCCAAAUCGCAAACCCAACGCCGCCGCACGACGAGAAAAAGGUCCUCCGGUCGGGAACCAUCGCCGGCGUCGUGACGGCAAGCGCGUUUUUCCUCGCGUUCUUCGCCUUCGCCUUCGUGUGGGUUUACCACAAGAAAUUCAAAGGGGAAAACACGAAAUCCGAGACGCUAGGCUCGGACGUAAUCAAAAUGCCGAAGGAAUUUACCUAUAAAGAGCUAAAAUCGGCCACUCGAGGGUUUGAUCCUAACCGAGUCAUCGGCCACGGUGCCUUCGGCACCGUGUACCGUGGCACCUUGCCGCCCACCAGCGGCCGCACCGCCACCACAGUGGCGGUCAAGCGCUGUAGCCACACGGGUCAAGGGAAAAUCGAGUUCAUAUCCGAGCUAUCGAUAAUCGGGACACUGAGGCACCGGAACCUCGUCCGCCUCCACGGAUGGUGCCACGAGAAGGGCGAGAUUUUGCUCGUUUACGACAUGAUGCGCAACGGGAGCUUGGACAAGGCGUUGUUCGAGUCGAGCACGGUUCUGCCGUGGGCCCACCGGCGCAAGAUUUUGCUAGGCGUGGCGUCGGCAUUGGCCUACCUACACCAAGAGUGCGAAAACCUAGUGAUCCACCGAGACGUCAAGACUAGCAACGUUAUGUUGGACGAGGGGUUUAACGCGCGGUUGGGAGACUUUGGGCUCGCUCGGCAAAUCGAGCACGACAAGUCGCCCGACGCCACCGUGGCCGCGGGCACAAUGGGGUACUUGGCGCCCGAGUACUUGCUAACGGGCCGGGCCACGGACAAAACCGACGUGUUUAGUUACGGAGCUGUCGUGCUCGAGGUUGCCACCGGGCGCCGGCCCAUCGAUAAGGAGCUCAAGGGCGGGAAUUUGGUCGAUUGGGUGUGGGGUUUGCAUAGGGAUGGGAAUUUGGUGGCGGCCGCCGAUCGGAGGCUCGGUGGGGAUUUCGACGGGGAGGAGAUGGGACGGGUUUUGAUGAUCGGGCUGGCGUGCUCGAGCCCGGACCCGGAGGCCCGGCCCGCGAUGCGGGCCGUGGCCCAAAUGUUGUUGGGCGAUCGGGAAGUCCCGGUCGUGCCUAGGGUGAAGCCCACAACGAGUUUCAGCACGGCCCAAUUGCUAAUGACGUUGCAAGACAGCGUGUCGGAUUUGAACGGGAUAGUCGGGCUUUCGGCCACCUCGUCGGAGAUUAGUUUCGGUGGCGGCGGCGGCGUAGGAAUGGACUUGGUGUAA